AUGGAAAAUAAUUGCCCAACCAAUCCUUAAGAAGAAGAUUCUGACCAGGCUCAAGACAAGUAUUUCGAUGGUAGUCUAGAUGGCUGCUAAGAUCAAAUUAUUAUGACAUAUCCAACGAAGCCUAUAAUAUACUCAACUGAAGACAAAAUGAAGCAGAUAGAGGAUGAGUUUAAUGGUUUUAUAAAUCAAGAUGACUUAGCCAACAUAUCACAGAGGAAUACUUAUUUUAAUGUAGUGAGCAGAGAAUUUACUUGUGAACUAGGAAAGGAAUUUGAGGCUGUAAUGCAAGUUUUUCUUUAUAUUAAGAAAAAGUACAAUGUUUUUAACUAACCUGGAGGCAAGUUCUAUGAUAUUGGAUCUGGUACUGGAAAAGGAGUGUUAACUGGCUGUUUGAUGCAUGAAUUCGAUAAGUGUGUAGGCAUUGAAUUGCUUGAAAAUCUGCAUAAGGCAUCAUAGUAAAUGAAGGAAGUUUAUGAAACAGAAUUCAAAAGCAAGUACUCUAAUGACAGAGGAGAACUAAGGCAAAUAUUCAACUAUGAAAAAGUUCCUGAAUUUGAGACUCAUUAAGGUGACAUUUUGGAAUAUGAUUGGUCAGAUGCGGAUUUCGUGAUUGCUAACUCCACCUGUUUUGAAAUGACUUUUAUGAACAAAAUCAGCUAAAAAGCUUCUUCUCUAAAAGUAGGUUCGUGGAUGAUCACACUCACAAAGAAACUACCAUCAUCAGAUCCACUAAUGACUUUAGAAGAUAGGAUUGAUUGGGAAUGCUUGCUGAGUAUUAAGCGUAUUAUGUCUUGGGGGUAUGCAACUGUUCACAUUCACAGGAAGAUUAAGUGA